GGGCCAAAAUUGACAGAGAUCAAAAAUGUCUCAAAUUACUUUCCACGGUCCGCGGUUCGGACCGCUUGCCGCACCUUGAACCUACAUAUACUCGUCCAGCGAUGCGAAGCCUGCAUCUGCGCUGCGAUGGGCAACAAUUCCGAACAAAAAACAGUGGGAGGUCGCGUGGCCAUCAUUGGUACCGGAAGUCGCGCAGCGAUGUUCGUCCGGGGCAUCGUUGAGCGUCCUACCAGCGCUGUGGUCGCUAUCCUUGAACCUAAUGCUAUCCGCGCCGCUUACUACAACGAUCUCCUCAAGUUCUUGGGCGCCCCGACUGUUCCUGUGUAUAAGCCGGACCAGUUCAAAGACAUGCUGACGGCGGAAAGAGUGGACGCCAUCGUUGUUACUUGUAUAGACGCUUUGCACCACCUAUACAUCAUUCCAGCACUGGAAGCCGGAGUUCAAGUACUCACCGAGAAGCCUAUGACCACCGAUGCCGAUAAGUGCCGCGCUAUCUUGGAAACAGUGCAAAGAACCGGUCGUCAUCUGACAGUCACUUUCAAUUAUCGGUAUAACCCCGUUCACGAACUUGUCAAACGAACUAUUGCGGAGGGAAAGAUUGGGACAGUAAUUUCAAUCCACUUUGAAUGGCUUCUUGAUACCGUCCAUGGCGCAGACUACUUCCGUCGCUGGCAUCGACAGAAAGGUAACUCGGGCGGGCUUAUGGUGCACAAAUCCGGACAUCACUUCGAUCUCGUGAACUGGUGGAUCGACUCAGAACCGGAAACUGUCGCUGGAAUGGGUAAAACCGCGUUCUAUGGUAAGGAGGCAGGAACGAUAAAUGGCUGGGCAAAAGAUUAUGUGCGAGCUCGAGGAGAUGACGAAGCCAAGAAGGAUCCUUUCGCCAUGCAUAUGGAGAUGGACGAGACGUUACAGAAGCUUUAUGCCGAAGCUGAGGGAGAGGACGGCUAUCAUCGUGAUAUGAAUGUCUUCGGACCUGACAUCGCUAUCGAGGAUGACAUGAGCGUCAUGGUGCGCUAUAAGUCGGGCGUAACUCUGACAUACCACCUGACAGCCUAUUCCCCCUGGGAGGGAUACCGUGUCAUGUUCAAUGGUUCCGAAGGUCGCCUCGAACUUGAUGUCGUCGAGUCUGAAUAUCGCUUUCCCAGUGAUGGAGAGGGCUUAGGCGGACUUAUUCACGGCACCAACUCGCUACCUCAUGCGGGAGGUGCGACCGUCACCCUCCAACGAUUGUGGGAGAAGCCUCAACGGCUUCCUGUCAAUAUUGAUCACUCCGCACACGGAGGAGGUGAUACUCGUAUGCUCAGUGUAUUAUUUGGAGCGAAGCCGGGCCAAGAGGUCGAUAUAGGUGAUGCAUCCAAGCAAUCGGCCAACGAGAGGGAUGGCGCAAUGGCGCUCGCCGUCGGAGUGUGUGCUAAUGAAAGCUUCAAGACGGGAAAAUUUAUUGAUGUGGCGACCCUGAAUCUUCCAUUAUAACGGUAAUUUAUUGUGUAGGAAUAUGCGAAAAUUUCUCAACCCUUUAUAGUUGGUUUGCAUGUACUUACUGAAGCAUGAUAAACAAAUUAUUUGACAGG